ACUAAAUUUGCUCCAAUCACCUUCGGUUAACCUAGACACGUGGCGCUCCUUCACCCAGCCACCGUGCUGCCGUUAUCAUUAUCGCUUCCGCUCCAUCUCUCAGCACCGAACCCAAAACAAUCGCUAGAGAGAGAAACCAAGAGAGAGAGAAACAAAGAUCUAACACUCGCUUUCGCUGCCUCUUGUUUCCACCCUCCGUGACCGUGAUGGACAGUGGAGAUGUCUGGAGCUUGGCCGCCUGUGCAGACGCCAACGCCGCUUCUCACGUCAACAGAAUAAUGCUCCGCUUCCGGCCGAUCGCGCCCAAACCAGUCGCCGGAGGUUCCUCCGCCGCAGUAUGCGGCGGCGGAGGAGAGGUAAGUCAGAGUAGCCACGUGUCAGUCCUCGGGAAGAGACCGAAAAGGAAGUACGUUAGGAUUCGGAGGAACAGUGGAUACGUGAGAAAGAAUAGUAGUAAUAUCGUUAACGGUAGCGGUAAAGAUAUUGAUAAGUCGUCGGACGUGGCGGUUGUGACGUUGCAGUUGAUGCCGGAGAAGGAAGCUCCGGGAGGAAACUCGGUGGCCGGAGAUUCGUGGUGUAAGAACGUCGAUCUUGACCUAACGGUGGAGAAGAUUCAGAUCGUGGAGAAUCGGAAUCCGAAGGCGCCGUGUGCGACGGCGGAGGAAGGGAAGGGAGGAAAGGGUUCAGAUCUUGUUGCGGCGGGGAAGGUGGCGGAGUCUUGGGUGACGGUGGAGAGCGUGAUAAGCACGUGCAUGGGGGAUGGAGGUGGAGGAUUAGGCUGUACGGACGCGGAGAAGGUGAGGACGCUAGAGAGCGACACGUGUCCAGGGUUUGUGUGUGACGGAAGUUUGAGGGUGCGGUGGGUGAAUGAGGCGUACAAGAGGAUGGUGGCGAGCGAGGAUAUCGUGGUGUGGUUGAAGGUGAAGGAUAGCGCUAGAGCUGCCUGGUGGUGCUACUCUCACCCGGCGUUCACCUGCGGGGUGAGGUUGCAGUACACGUGGCGGAACGAGAAGUGCACGAAGAUGGUGCCGUGUGAUGUUUGGAGAUUGGACUGUGGCGGGUUUGCAUGGAGGCUAGACGUGAAAGCUGCGCUGAGUUUGGGUCUCUGAAAAAAGAAAAAAAAAAAAGAAAAGAAAAA